AUGUCCACUCCGCUCAAGAAAAUAUACGAGCACUGGACCAAGGAACAGUGGGUGCGCAAGGAGGAACUGAAGAGACUUGCAGCACAGAACGAAGCAGACAUCAAGGUUUUCCUGAACUUCCAGGUGAAGCUCGAUAAGAGCAUCGAAAACUUAUCCUCCUUGCUUGGAGUUAAUGACAAAUCAGUUACGCGUCUGAAAGAGAUUAGGGAGCGUGUUCCUGAGAUGUUCAAGUUGACAACUGAACUAUCUGAAUCUAUCGACAAACAAAACGCCCUCCUUGAAGACAUGUCGGAUACCCGUGCGCGGAUCCUGCUGGAACAAAUGGAUGUUCUGUCCAAGGCCGGAGAAGAAGGACUGGGAACCAUGGUAUCUACUGAAAACACCCCUCCCUUUGCUAUACCUGCUAAAAAGAUUCAGAUCGACCCAAACGCCAUGGACUUCAGUGGUCUUCCGGCCAAAGACACCAACACUCAGGGCCCGACCUUGAAUGGUGAAGCGAGGGAUCCUAGCGAGAACCUCGCCGGUGAUGCGACCAAGAAUUCCUAA